GAUAAACAGAAUAAAUUACCAAAUAUCAUAAUUACCAUGAAAUAUUAUAAAUAAAGAAAGGUGUUAAAUAUUAGCAAAUAGAAUAAACAACGGAAACUGACAAUUCAGGUCAACAAACAAGGUGCGUACAAGCAUAACAUUGAUAAUGAAAAUAAUAUGCAAUUGACUGUUGAGUCGAAGAAGUAUAAACAGUAAACAUAAACAAUAAAUAAUAACAAAUUUAUCAAGCCUAGACAUAAGAUUAUGGGAAAAAGAUUGUUAUAAAUACGGUGUAAUUUGGGAAAAUAAAUUAGUUGUUUUAUGAGAAAAGAACUCAGAGCUUGAAUUAUUUUAGUCUCCUAGCUCAAGAGACAAGUAAAAAACCAUCGUGCAAAUCUAUACAAAUCAUCGAAGGGUAAAGAAUUGUACAUUGGUCCUUCGAGCCGGAUGGGUGCUCGAAAAAAAACGGAAUACAGUCCACACAUCACGGUCGGCAAGGUCGAAGCAGUGGUGCAGAGAAUCAAUGAAGGCGAGAGUGUCGCACUUCACAACGAAAAAACUGGUGGUUAACGAAGAGACAAGGCCCCAUCCUAAACCGGUAGGACGCGAGCAGUCAAAAGGAUCGUUUGGACAGCAGUUGGAACAAAUAAACAAGGUUGUUGGUAAGAAAAAUAUAGUUGUAUAACGCAUGACAGAGUGAAGACGUGUUUCACAAUCGCUCCGUAAAAAGUUGUUUUCUAGUUAGUGCAAAGGACCGCAGGUGAUCAAAUAAAGUUUUGUGUCUAAUUUGGUGAAGUGUAAAGACCAAGGAAUCUCAUCGACCAGCUAUAUCAUAUUGGUGUUGCUGCUAGACGAACCUUGAAAAUUGCAUCAUAAAUUAGUUUUCUAUAACCAGCCGCCAUAUCACACACAUACAAAUAUGUUCCGUCCGGCCACAAAGUUUCAACCAUCCAUCACCUAACAAGCAUUCUCUCGGAGCAUUACACGAGUGAAAUGGCACCAACACACGGGUACCCACCACGCUCACACUACAUUCGAAAGAUUGGCAUCUCCACCACUACAAAUCUCUCGGAAGUACCUGGAAAUUACGUUGCAUAUUUUCAUACACUCAUUGGCACCGCCACGAUAUAGGCCUCAUACCCGCAUCGCAGUGCCGCAAACUUACACAACACAUCCUCAAAUCGUUCGGAGCACCGGAAGAGCCUUCAUCGAAUAAAUUGCCGUUUAACAGGCUACAAUAGCACACAGUGUACUAGCUACUGGGUCAUGAGCGAUAAUCCAUCACAAGCUAAUUGGAUCGACGAAUACACCGAAAACCAACUUCUAGAAGAAGUGACAAACUACGAAGAGUACCCUACACCAUCGUUAGACCAAUCCAUCUACAACAUAUCGAGUGAGCUCGACAAUCUUUCAGUGACUAUCACUCCAACCAUUGGUCAAGCCACAGCUCCACCAGUCAUUAGCCAAGCCACAGCUCCACCAGCCAUUAGCCUAAGUACCGUCAUACCGACCGAUACCCCAGCCACUACCAUUGAGACAAACAAAGCGCCGUUAUCAUCUACUCCAAAAACAGAAUCGAUUAAACGCCGUCUGGAAAAAUCCAACUCCGUACCGGAAGCUCCAAUCAAAAAAUUCAAAUCAAUUGCGAAUAUGUUCCCGUUAGCCGCAGCAGUAGCAGCAUCCGAAUCAUUUGUAGUGGAUAUCAUCCCCAACGUAGAUGGUGUCCUUACGUUUACGGAAUCUCAAGGCAAAAUAAUCGGUAAUAGCAUCACCCGAGCCCUAUUCUCCGAUGAGAGUAUGGCUUCUCUUCAUUUUGAAAGCUCGGGUCUAGACAGAGGCCGUUAUCGUCUCAUUUGCACCGACACGACUACUAGAGACUGGGUAGUCGCCAUCGUCCCAAAAUUGGAAGGCCUUUGGCAAGGCGCAAACAUCAGAUCUGUAGUGUCGGGCCCUCCCCCAAAGUUAAUUCGUGGAACAGUAAUUGUUCAGCUGCCUGCACCGGACCCUAACGACUUUUUCAAUAUUAUUGCCACGCAAAACCCAACACUCGAUACCAGUAACUGGAAAAUUUACAGCCGGUCCAAGGCACAAAACGGCAAACAGCAAUGGAUUAUUGGGGUGGAAGACUGCUGCAUUUCAGCCCUCAAUGAUCUAGCUUUCCGUCCAUACUGUGGUAUGACACGCGUCCGUAUAGUACUUAACAACAAUGCCAACAACCCGUGAUAAAUUAGCUUUUGUAAAGCCACAUAUUUAUUUCGUUACAACAAUCAGCUCAAUAAACGGCUUACUCUCUUUGAUCUCAAACCAAUUGUUUCAUUCUCUCUUCAAGCUCAAACAGCAGCGAGUAAGAUGUAAGAUAAGUAUUAUCAUCAGCAAA